ACUGAGGAGGCGAGGAAGGGGCGGGAGCCGGGGGGGGGGGGGGGCCCGGCAGCUUCUAGUAGGUUCCAGAAGGCGGCGCGUGCGGUUGGGAACGCGAAGCGGACGAAUUCGAUUCAACCGGGUUCGGGCCGUGCUAUGGAGCAGGUGAAUGAGCUAAAGGAGAAGGGCAAUAAGGCCCUGAGUGCCGGGAACAUUGAUGAUGCCUUGCAGUGUUACUCUGAAGCAAUUAAACUAGAUCCCCAGAACCAUGUGCUCUACAGCAAUCGCUCUGCAGCCUACGCCAAGAAAGGAGACUACCAGAAGGCUUAUGAGGAUGGCUGCAAGACCGUUGACCUAAAGCCCGACUGGGGCAAGGGUUAUUCAAGAAAAGCAGCAGCCCUUGAGUUUCUAAACCGGUUUGAAGAAGCCAAACGAACCUAUGAAGAGGGUUUAAAGCACGAAGCCAAUAACCCCCAGCUUAAGGAGGGAUUGCAGAACAUGGAGGCCAGGUUGGCAGAGAGGAAAUUCAUGAAUCCUUUCAACAUGCCUAAUCUAUACCAGAAGUUGGAGAAUGAUCCCAGGACAAGGACACUGCUCAGUGACCCCACCUACCGGGAACUGAUAGAGCAACUCCGAAAUAAGCCAUCCGAUCUGGGCACGAAACUACAAGAUCCCCGGAUCAUGACCACUCUCAGUGUUCUGCUUGGGGUUGAUCUGGGCAGUAUGGAUGAAGAGGAAGAAGCUGCAACACCCCCACCCCCACCUCCUCCCAAAAAGGAGGCCAAGCCAGAACCAAUGGAAGAAGACCUUCCAGAGAAUAAAAAACAGGCACUGAAAGAAAAAGAGUUGGGGAAUGAUGCCUACAAGAAGAAAGACUUCGACAUAGCCUUGAAACACUAUGACAAGGCUAAGGAACUGGACCCCACCAACAUGACUUAUAUAACCAAUCAAGCAGCCGUCUACUUUGAAAAAGGCAGUUAUAUCAAAUGCCGGGAACUAUGUGAGAAGGCCAUCGAAGUGGGGAGAGAGAACCGAGAAGACUACCGACAGAUUGCCAAAGCUUAUGCCCGAAUUGGCAAUUCCUAUUUUAAAGAAGAAAAGUAUAAGGAUGCCAUCCAUUUCUACAACAAGUCUUUGGCAGAGCACCGCACCCCAGAUGUGCUCAAGAAAUGCCAGCAGGCAGAGAAAAUCCUAAAGGAGCAAGAGCGACUAGCCUACAUCAACCCUGAUUUGGCUUUGGAGGAGAAGAACAAGGGCAACGAGUGCUUCCAGAAAGGGGACUACCCCCAGGCCAUGAAGCACUAUACAGAAGCCAUUAAACGGAACCCAAGAGAUGCCAAACUGUACAGCAACCGGGCUGCCUGCUACACCAAGCUGCUGGAGUUUCAGCUGGCACUCAAGGACUGUGAGGAGUGCAUCCAGUUGGAGCCGACUUUCAUCAAGGGUUACACUCGGAAAGCAGCUGCCCUGGAAGCCAUGAAGGACUACACAAAAGCCAUGGAUGUGUACCAGAAGGCACUGGACCUGGACUCCAGCUGUAAGGAAGCAGCAGAUGGUUACCAGCGCUGUAUGAUGGCUCAGUAUAACCGGCAUGACAGCCCUGAGGAUGUGAAGCGGCGGGCCAUGGCUGACCCUGAGGUGCAGCAGAUCAUGAGUGACCCAGCCAUGCGACUUAUCCUAGAGCAGAUGCAGAAGGAUCCCCAGGCUCUGAGCGAACAUUUGAAGAAUCCCGUAAUAGCACAGAAGAUCCAGAAGCUGAUGGACGUGGGUCUGAUUGCAAUUCGGUGAUGACUUGCUGGUCCCCUCUUCCCUUUGCCUCUCAUGGAAAGGCAAGCUGGGACGGCGGCAGCAAGCAUCGCAGGGCAGGGCGGGGGGGAGAGCGGCUUAUCUGUAUUUAUAUGCCUGCGUGGAAGAUAGACUCAUCCAGCGCUACCUUGGGCCCUCCCAGCACACGCAUGGUCUCUUCACUGCUGCCCUCAAGUCCUAGUCUCCUUCCCCUGCCCCCGGCACUGUUUCGGCUGCUCCCCCAUAGUUGGUUAUUUUUUAUUUGGGGCAGUGGGUGCAUACCAGGAGGGGAGGGUGUUCUUCCCAACCUGGGGUCCCAACUGCCUUCACUUGUUAACUCCACGUCCUUCUCAAUAAACAAACCAGUUGGGUGUGGUUAUAUGUU